GGCCGGCAACGACUCAACAGACAGGGGAUGUCAGUAACUACCGCUCCGUUCGAGAAGCUCACAACAGAUUUUCGUCGUGGUGUUCGCAGGCAGGUGGUAAGCUUGGUGGCCGAACGAACCUAAAUCUGGUCUGCUGCUCGUUGCCUGCGCUACCCGAGGUUCUUGAUCUACCGAAGUGUGUCAGUCAGUCGGCCGCCAAUUGUUUCCACGCAUUCUUAAAUCUCUCGGAUCGGUCUUUACAUGCGUCCGUCUGCAGCACCAGGAGACGGUGGGGCUAUCAACUGGACCGCUGACCGGCUCGCGACACCCGAAACUGUGGCUGGUCCAUCAACCGAACCGUCGGAUCAAGCAAAGGACAUUCCAGUCGCGUUCGAUCCUCCUCAACGCGAUAGCGCUUCCGACCACCUCAAACCUUCUCAAGCCAAUCAUACCUCUCAACAUUCAUGGUCUAUCCAAGCACAAACUCACUCUAUACUCAUCUUCUCGGCAAUUUGGGGUCUCCUGACCAGACUCGGAAUCACCGCGAUUGGGAAUUUCAGCGGUCAAAACGUCUUCAGUUUGUUAUUGGUUCAAGUUGUAGGCUGUCUGAUAAUGGGAACUUCGGUAUCGCUUCAAACUAGAUUAGGAAAAAUUCAUUCAUUGCUAUACUUCGGGAUCACCACAGGUUUCUGUGGCUCAGUAACAACGUUUAGCAGCUGGAUGCUACAAGUUUUUCAGGCCUUCAGCAACACUUCUAAGUUUUCGCGUGGCAGGUUCAGUGAUUUCUUAGAUGGGCUUAAUCUAACAUACGUGACCAUUGCACUAUGUCUCUUCUCCCUGCAAACUGGACUAUUUCUCGGGAAUGUGGUUGAAAAUAUCAUCGCCUCAAGGACACGUGCAACUAAUCUCAAUACCUCCACAUGCUCAUCAAGACGCGAUACCUUCGCCCACCGGAAAAUACCCACGAUUCUCAUCAUCUUGACUGGUCCCUUGACCUGGUUAGGAUCAGUUUUCCUUUUCAUUUGGGGGCCAAAUGGGUGGCGGGGACCCGUAACAUACAGUAUGAUCAUCGCUCCGACAGGGACAGUAAUGCGAUACUACCUCGCCAAAUUCAAUACCCGACGACUCUCGAUUGACAAAGGCUUUCCAACGGGGACUUACCUGGCCAAUGUGAUUGCUACAGCUCUGCUGGCCCUAUUCUCCGCUUUACAAUACACCUCUGCUGCCCGAAAUGACCGAGAAUACUGCGCUGGCUUGCAAGGAUUAAGAGAUGGCUUUUGUGGAUGUCUGAGUACCAUCAGUACUUUCUUUUUGGAACUGCACCGUGCCGGUCCAAGUUAUAAAAAUUUUCGUUACGGUCUCACUAGUUGGCUUUCAGGUCAAUUCCUUUAUCUCAUGAUCUUUGGGAUCUAUUUUUGGACUCGUGACCCCCAAGAACGUUGUGCUUUCUCGACAUGACCUCAAUUCGAUUAGAUCGGUAUCCAAGCGAACUGCAAAUUUACUCCAUUUUAGAUAAUAAUCUUAUGUGAUUUUUUCCUCCCAUGUAGAUUUCUCUUCCUUCCUUCAAGAAUAUUUGUUUUUUCGAGAUGGUAAACCCCAUCUUUUGAAAUCAGAACGAGUCAUAUAAGUAAGAGCAAAUGUUAUAUACUUUCGGUUUUGCAACGUGAACCAUAAUCCAU